CACGCUGUGGCGGCGGACCUGCAGCUUAUCCGACCCUCUCCCGCGGUUGCCGCGGACGCCGCCGGCAGGCGGGUGAGAGCUUUCCAGAGGCGGUAGGGCCGGGGCGGCCCGAGGGGUUGGAAAGGUACGGGCGCCGCCCCCGCCCGUCCACAGGAGGAGCUCCGCGCCGCGCCGCCCCCGCAGGGCUGGGAAGCGGGCGCGGGGACCGCGGCUACGGCGUCCUGCCGUUGUCGAAGCGGCGCUAAAACGCGGGAGGUCGGAGCGCGGUUGGGCCGGAGGAGCGGUCGCUCUCGCACCGGGACCCUCUUCCCCGGCAGCUGGGGCGCUGCGGGCAGCCCGUCCCGGCACCGCGCUGCCGCUCCUGCGCGGGCGGCAGGCGACGCGCACUUUGCAGACGGUCCCUGCGCCGCUGUCUGCAGCGCCGCGCAGGCGCCCCGCGCCCGGCGCUGGGACGGCGGCCCCGGUGCGAGCGGGAGAGCGGCGCGGCGGGGAGGAGCAUGGACGGGACGGAAACCAUCUCACUUUGGUGCCACAAGCUUGCUGCUGGAGAUCGCUGAUCCCUCCCUCCCUCCUGUUCCCUGGGGCUUGAACUCUCCGCCCUUUCCUCUAUCAGCAUGGCCUGUGGAGGGACCCUGUGUGCAAGUUGCUGCUGGGAAAGACUGAGAGCUGGAUCCAAAUGCAUCCUUGGCCUGCUGUCUUAGAGCUGUUCCUGCUUCAGGUCAAUGAGAGUUUCUGCUGCUAAUUCAUCAUGACAUAAUAUCUGGUCUCCUGCCCCAUUCUGUUGGAUAAGUUUCCUGCUUCCUCUUGGUCUAUACACAUGUGACUCCGGGUGUUCAUCAGCUACCUAGUCUGGUACAGCGACCUGGGAUGCCAUCAGGAGCUCGAAUGCCCCAUCAGGGGGCUCCCAUGGGUCCCCCAGGUCCCCCAUACGUUGGAAGCCCCUCAGUGCGACCUGGGAUGCCUCAGACUGUGAUGGAAACAACAAGAAAACGCACUGCACCACAGCAGGUCCAGCAACAGCAAGUGCAGCAGCAAGUGCAACAGCAGCAGCAAGCUACUCAGAACCGAACUAGGAGUGCCAAGAGGAGGAAGAUGGCUGACAAAAUUCUCCCUCAGAGGAUCCGGGAGCUGGUUCCUGAGUCCCAGGCCUACAUGGAUCUGUUGGCCUUUGAACGCAAACUAGACCAGACCAUUAUGCGGAAGCGUGUGGAUAUUCAGGAAGCGCUGAAGAGGCCAAUGAAGCAAAAGCGGAAACUGAGACUUUACAUCUCCAACACAUUUAAUCCUGCAAAAUCUGACGCUGAUGACUCUGAUGGCAGCAUUGCUUCGUGGGAGCUGCGAGUGGAGGGGAAGCUCCUGGAUGACCUCAGCAAACAGAAACGAAAGUUUUCAUCUUUUUUUAAGAGUUUGGUUAUUGAACUGGACAAAGAUCUUUAUGGACCUGACAACCAUCUUGUGGAGUGGCACAGAACUCCCACAACCCAGGAGACAGAUGGCUUCCAGGUGAAAAGACCCGGUGACGUCAGCGUGCGGUGCACAUUACUCCUCAUGUUGGACUACCAGCCUCCACAGUUUAAACUGGACCCGCGAUUAGCCCGUUUGCUGGGGAUACACACACAGACCCGAUCAGCCAUCAUCCAGGCUCUCUGGCAGUACAUCAAAACAAAUAAGCUGCAAGACUCCCAUGAUAAGGAAUACAUUAACUGCGACAAGUACUUCCAGCAGAUCUUUGACUGUCCACGGCUAAAGUUUUCUGAGAUUCCUCAGAGACUCACUAACCUGCUGCUGCCACCAGACCCUAUAGUGAUAAACCAUAUCAUCAGUGUUGACCCCAACGAUCAGAAGAAGACGGCUUGUUAUGACAUAGAUGUAGAAGUUGAAGACCCAUUAAAGGGACAGAUGAGUAGUUUUCUUCUCUCAACAGCUAACCAACAGGAGAUUACAGCAUUGGACAACAAGAUUCAUGAGACAAUCGAAUCCAUAAAUCAGUUAAAAAUACAACGUGAUUUCAUGCUGAGUUUCUCCAAAGAUCCCAAAGGAUACAUCCAAGACCUUCUCCGGUCCCAAAGUAGGGAUCUUAAGGUGAUGACUGAUGUAGUUGGAAACCCAGAGGAAGAACGCAGAGCUGAAUUUUAUCAUGAGCCAUGGUCUCAAGAGGCUGUGAGCAGAUAUUUCUACUGCAAGAUCCAGCAGCGCCGGCAGGAACUGGAACAAUCUCUGGGAGUGCGCAACACAUAAGUACUGCUCACAAGAUCCCAUUGGCAUCAUGACCACCAAACCAGUGGACCUUUCAGUGUUACUUAGCUCACUGUUACACAUGGACCUGCUUCCUGACUGGAUGAGAAUGUACCAUCACCACACCAGUCAGAACACCAGCUUUAGUGUGACCCUUGAUAAUCUUGCCCGUGGGUGGUGUCUCAAACCAUUCCAGGCCACAGACAGCGCCAUACAAGUGUCAAAGAAGAUUAAAGGUUCAUUCAUCAACGCACAUCAUUAAGUUUUAGUGGAAAGUUCAGACACUACACAGCAAAUCCUAAUGGGCUAUGCGUAGAAUUGUGGGUGGCAUUGAUGGGGGAGGUUGAGAUAGGUGUUAUAGGAGACUACAGAUUUAGAGAAAUAAAUGCAGUUCUCAUCCUAUGUUACCUAAGAGUCUCAAAUAGUAACUUCUCUGGAAUUAGAGAAGAUAGUCUUUCUUAUAGUUGUGGAAUGCUUUAUAUUCCUGAACAGAGUUUUUAUUUCAGCUGGAGCAGUGCAAGAAGCCAUCUCACCAUGUGAAAGAACAAACUAGGAGGAUUUUCAUUCCUGGAAUGAAGAGCCCCUCUGGAAGAAAGAAGUAUAGUCAGGACAUCCCUUCUGCAAACUCUAAUACUUCUUCUUUCCCUUGCCCCUGCAGUGAAAGGUAGACUGAAUUACGUAUCACUAGAUGGGUAUGAUCAAUAUGCUGUACUGAGAGGAAGAGAAUUACCCCUGGGAUAAGAGCUUCUUAGGCAUCGUUGGUAUCAGUGGUAGCAAAGCGGAGGUUGAAGCAAGAAAUGAGUCAUUCUGAGAAAAUGAAAAUAACUUAACGGUGCUUUGCUGAUACCUGCCUUGAACACAAGCAGAUAUUAACGGCAAGCAUGUAUGUAAAGUACAAAAUUUCUUAAAUGUUUCUCUGCGUGCUAGUAGGGAUCAGCACUGAAGAGGACUUCCCUAAUUGUUAAGUUGGUGCAGAAUCCAAGAAGCUUAACUUCGUAUAACAUGACAGUUUUCUCUUUACUUCAAGAUGUUAACAGAGUCUCUGGAUUGGUCUCACAUUUUGAUCAUAGGUGAACUGCCUCUUACUAUGAAUUAUUUAGUUCCCCCAUACAUGAUACAUACUGGUUAUAUAGGAUGCUGUUGAGUUAUAAAGCACUAUCAGCCUUAAAUAGCCCAGAGGAUAUAUCCCUUGGAAACCAUCUUCUUUGUAAAUGUACAACAAAUUUCAGACUAUGGGAAUUUAUACCAUAUUUACUUGGAAGCAGGGACAUCUUCAUUAAAUCCUUCCCCCCACCUCAUUUUUUGUGGUGCAUAGAUUAGUUUGUAAUUAAUAGUCCAACAUGAUUUCUAGUCCAAAAAGCAGCUGCCAAAGUGUAACUCUUCAUCCAGAUGAUGUGGCACUCAAAAUCCUCUCCUAGGUUUCUCCUUUUCAUCUCCUUUCUUUCACUUUCUUGGAAAGAGAAUCAAAUUCACAUGUGAUACAGAAGGGAGGCAACUCUUCUGAGUAAUGCAUUUUGCUGUAGUAUUUUCUGUUUCUCUUCUGCUAUCUUUGCCAAUUUCUUUCUUAGUUGAACUUAAAAGUUUCUUCUGUCCAGUCACAGAAGAGACAGUCUUCUCUUCCACCCCUCUAUUUAAUACCUCUGCUUUCACAAUAGUGCCAUAGCUUUUACUCUGUCCAUUGUGUUCAGAGAUGUCUUGGAAAAUUUACAUUUGAGUGCAGUCAUAUGAUGGCAGUACCAUCAUGCAAAACCACUGGUGUGAGAAAAAGCAUAGCUGUACCUUUUUGCCUGAGGCCUUUUACCGGGAAUGGCUUUGUUUGGAAGUUUUUUAUGUUAAAACCUCUUUUUACAGUAAAACGUGAAAUCCUGCAAUCUUAAACUAAGUAUAGUGAGGGGCUGUGAGGCUGCCAGACAAUGAAUGACUUGAAAUCUCAUUUACGUUAGGACUCCACUAAUUGGACUACAAGCAAGCAUUAUGAGGGAAAACAGUGGGGGUCAUCUGCUACUGUGCUUCCAUAUUUAUUACGCUGCUGUGUCAGUUGUGUGCAUGCUGUCCAGUGUAUAAAACUCUUUUCUAUAUGUGGUAAACAGAGCAGCUACAUUCAGGACAUGCAUUCAGUCUCCAGGAAUAAGAAAUGCAGAGAAGGAUGUGGAAGGAUGUGAGAAGGGCGUGGGAUUGGGAUAGAUGCCUGCAGGAUGUUUGCCAGGGAAUUCUGUUUUUUGAGAACUUUCCCACUGAAGUGGCAAAUAUUUGUACAGAGAAAUUUCAGUCAUGUGCCACAGCUGGCAACAUAAUGGAGUCCAACCUGCUUUUAGAAUCUCUCUGCAGAAUUGAAUGGAUCUGUUUCCAAGUCUCUUUCAGAGAAAAUUAACAAAACCAAUGUGGUAUUGCUGCCCAGUGUUCACAAUGGCAUCACUGGAAGGUGAAUCUAUCUUAAGCACCAAUGCUAUACUGAAGCCUGUGUGUGCGCAUGCGCACACAUGCAUGCACAUACAUCAGUCAGCCACUGUAGAUGGCACUGAAGAUGGCAGUCCAAAAUCUAAAUUCUUAUGUCCCACUGUCCAUACUCCUACUAUAUAUAAAAAGACUAGUCACCAACAGUGAGUCUUAGGAAUAGCCGUCAUGUGUCUUUCCUUUGGUCAAACUGGGGUUUGAGAUUUUGAUGCUUUUUUCCUGUGUUCAGAAGCAGUUUGGGCCUUUUACUGAAGAGACGCAGAGAGGAGUUCUGUCCUCUGUUCCAGGAGUGCAGCCAGGAGCUUGCUUGUUUGCAAAAAAGAGAAAUUAUAUUUGAAGAGAAAUAAUGGAUCAAUACAGGGAGGAAUUGGACCAAAUCCUGCUUGGGCAUAUGAAAAUGAAAGGCAGUGGUACUGAACAGGCAUGUAAUUGUGGCAGAUUGUGAAUGAUGAAUUCAUUCUAAGUUCAGGAUGGUUGUCUUUUUGUGUGUACAAAAGAUGACAAGAAGAUGUUUGGGGGUCUUCAGUUGCUGCCACAGUACAAUACAAAUCUGUGCAUGCUGCAAAAAAACCUUCUGUGCAUAGUAGUGGAUGUAUAGAUGGUAAUAUAGAUUGUUAGAAAAUAUAGCAUCAGACUAGGAAAGGGUUAAAACAGAAUUCUGGAGCACCAAUAGAAGGGAAAUAUAUCUUGGAGCUGAAGUGUUGACAUGGCAGGUUUGAAACACUUUCUUUAGUCCUUUUUGCUGUUGGCCAUGAGUCAGGAUUCAGACCCAGUGUUUCUUAGAAAUUAAAGGGAAAACAAAUCUUUGAUUAUGGAAUAGAGAAAAGAAUACAGCAGUGGAAAAGGAAAUUAAAAGAUGGAGCAGAGCGCCACUGAAGUGCCAGUAAGACAUAGCACAGGAUAAUGUGCAGAGUACUGUUGGAAAUAGCACAGUCCGUGUGAGUCAGUAUUUGUGUGCAUGUGUGUAUGUAUACAUGUAGAGAGCAUGUGGGAGAGAGCCAGUCUCAACUUGUACAUAGCCCAGGAAAUGGGCAUGCAGGACAGAACCAAAUGUUCUGCAAAUAACCCUGAGACACAUUGUCAAAACAUUUUCCACUGUUAUUAACAGGGAUUCAGUUGUUCGACUUAGCAGGGUUGGUAGUUGUAAUGCAGACAUUGUUUCAGCUGGCAGAUUUUUACACCACAUUGUUUAGAAUUUAUCCUGUGGAAGCUGAGUGAAAAUAUUAGUGCAUAUAUCAAUACUGGUGCAUAUCCUAGGGCUCCUAAUUUUGCCACAAUGCUAGUCAGCUAUUGGGGAUUUUUUGGCCUGUUUUUGUGUUGAGAACCCUUUUAUGGCAGUGCAAAGAGAUGAGGGGGAAAAGAAAGCUCUUUUUUCCUGAAGAAAGAGGUCUCCUUUCUGUAACUGCUCUGUUGUUUAAUAGGAUGUAUCUGUUCUGCCAGAUCCUGUAUGAUAAACACCUUUUCCAAUCUCAUUGAAGAAAGGAACUCCAUUAAAAAAAUACAACUGUGGGUUUGUGAGAGUGAGCAAAUAUGUGUAUAAGGGGGGGGUGGGGAGAGAGAGAGACUCCCUCUACUCUGUAGCCACCAUAUCUUCAUUGUAUGAUGCCGAGUGAUUCGUAGAAAAGCUUUUAACAAUAAAUACUUUGUUUCUUUGUA